CGAGCUACACAUUGACAUUCAACUUCCAUAUACAUAUUUUAUUUAUUUUUGGCAGACAACGUGCGUUUAAAUGUUACGUUCUAUGCUCGCAUCUAUGUGUAUUGCGCAUUUAGCGUUGUCCCAAGUGUUGCGUAUUUUGAGUUUGUAUUUGCUCACGUCUUUAAUGACAGUUUAAUAUACAUAAUUAUGAAAUCAGCUGGAAACAACACAUUGCGGUUUCAUCGUGAAAUACGUCAUGCACUUUAUGCAGAAUUAAAUUACAUUUCUAGUGCCCUUGUGCAAAGGAUUUGAUUAUGUGCGUGAGUCAUUGCAACAAUGCAUAUUGUUUUUGAUUCACACUCUCUAUUCCGAGCAAAACAAACACGAAAAAAUACCGUUACAUUAUAAGUAGUUGCGAGAGGGUGUGUGUGCUUUUGGGUGGGGUACAUGUGUGUAUACAUACACAUACACGCAAACAUGUCCAUGCAUUGCGAAGCUCUGUAGAAUUCCUUUGCCUGAGCAGCACAUAUCUUUGUGUGUGUGUGUGUGAGAGUGUGCCGCCGCUCUUGCAAACACAGUUGGCGAGCCUAGAGUCAAUGAUGGAACAUACAAGGAAAUUGCAAAAACUCAUUUGCCAAUAAAUUAAAAACCGGGAAAACUGCAAACCAAAUCAGUUUAAAUUGAUUGUAACAAAUACAUAGUGCUCGUUCGUGGGGCAACAGGCGACGUGUUGAGGUGGACGUGAUACAUGGCUGCACAAAACGGCUGAAGUGCCUGUCCUCCUCGUCACAUCUCUGACAACAACAAGUGAUAAAUAAACGCUGUCCAACUUGCAAUUGUAAAUAACAUGUGUAUGAAUGAGUGUACAGACGCAUUACGGCAAAACGGAAAACGCCCAGGGCGAUAGCCAUAAAGUGUUGCAUAUGACGAAAAAGGCUCCACCGUAGGAAAAGCAACAACAACAACGACAAUAGCAGCAGCAAUAGACAGUGUUGCCAAGUGUCGCAAACUGUAACAAUAAGUCGAAUAAAAAACGUAACGUCCUUGGUAACGGCAAACGUCAAAACUGGAACAGGCAUAAAAAGAACAAUAGGAAGAGACAAAAAGGACGGCAAAGACGCGCACGGCGCAUACAGCGUGAAAAAGCAAGGUGUGCUAAAAAAUAUGGCAGCAGCAGCACCAACAUCGCCCACAACAGCAGCAGUAGCAGCAGUAACAACAACAACAAAGGCUGCAGCAGCGGCAGGACCGACAGCACCUGACAGCAGCGGCGUCGGCGGCGGCGGCAGCGGCAUCGACAUCGGCAACGGCAUCGAGAUGCUGAAGGCUCUGUACGACUUUCAAGCGGUUUAUCCGAAAACCAUUAGCUUUGAUGAGGGCGAAUAUUUUAUACUCUACCAGACCUCCGCACGCCAACGGAAUUGGUGGCAGGUGGUCAGCAUGAAGGGCAACAUUGGCUUUGUGCCAUCCAAUUACGUAAUGAAGAUUAAGGUGGAACAUGAUUUUCUCAUCAGCUUUCUCAACUCAUCGAUUGAGUCGCUGGAGAAGUGCACUGAGCCAGAGAUUAAUGGCAUCAUGUCCAGGGAGGAGCUCCUCGACAGACUGCGAGAGAAGAAGCACACCAUGGAACGGCUCUAUGCGGAGAGCUCGGAGCGUGACGGUGACUCAUCGCUGUCCUAUUCGCACAGCUACAGCGACAAGCAGCAGCUGAGCGGCAGUCACAGCCACAGCCACAGCCACUCCCACCGGCACUCGCACACGCAUCCGCAUCAACAGAAAUCCCAACAGAAUAGUCCGCCUGCUACGCAACGCCUGGACAUGAGCAAGAAGAGCAUGUCGAGUCCGGCGGUGGGGGUCAGUGUGCAGCAAUCGAUGCCGGAGUCCCCUAGCAUGGGCAGCAUGCAGCUGCAGAGCAGCAGCUGCACCAUACAGACGCCACAGCAGCAACAGCAGCAGCCCCUGCCGGCGCCUCCGCUGGCGGCCAGCACUUCUGCAGCAGCAGCAGCAGCGGCGGCUGCUGCCACACAAGCACAAAAGGUCUGCAGCUCCGUUUCGGAUGUGGCGCAGGACAAUAGCAUCACCUCAGAGCCGUCGGAGACGACAACAACAACCACGACCACCAGCGAGGAUGUGGUGACCACGUACAAGGAGACCAGCCAGCUGAGCACCAGUAACGGUGCCACAUCAGCUGCAGCUGCAGCCAACGCCGCCGCCAGCGCAGCGACAGCCACUGCAACGGCAGCAGAAGCAGCCGCUGCAGCAUCAGCCUCAGGAUCUGUUGAAGAAGUGGGAGCAGCUAUGAAGCACAAGCCACACAAUGGCAACAGCUCCACGGCUAUGCACGACGAGCAGCUCAGUCUGAGCCUCAGCCAGGGCGCGGACAGUGCGCCCGACAAGUCAGAGGCGAGCGAUGAUGGCUGCAAUGGCUGCGGCGACAAUAGCCAAGCGCUGGACAGCAUCGACAGCCCCUCGCUCUCGCAUCGAUUGGGCGCCAGUCUUACAGCCGGCGCCAAUGGUACUCUGGACAAUGGGCGUGGCCAGCUGAAAGUUGAGUCAUCCGAUGUGUAUCAGAUUGUGGAUGCACUGCGUCGCAAUACGAAUCUCAGCUUUGAUUUGUCGUGCGAGGCGCUGCGCGUGGUGCUAACCAGCUUGGAGCAGCUAUACAAUGGCGCCAUCAAUCCGUAUCUGGAGGCAGUCGCCGUGCACGUCACCGGCAAGGUGGCCACGCCCAAAGAGCUGCUGGGCAUCACGCACGACUCCAAGCGAUUACAAUAUCUGUUUGCCCAGUUGGCCGACUGCAAGAACGACACGGAACAACGCACCUGGAUGCUCUACGAGGACGAGGAGGAUAUUAUACAAUUUCUCGAGGAGCUCGUUGAGAUACUGAAUAACGCUGAUGAGAACAUCAGCUGCUAUGAGAUGUCGUGUGAUCAAUAUCAGAUGUUCAUCAAUCUGGUACAAUACUAUCAGAUGGAGACACGUUGGUCCAUCAAGAAACUGUUGCUUAAGACUUUCACUGCUGCCUGUCACUUGGAUCACAUCAUUGUUGAUAUACUGCUAACCUCAGUGCUGCCCCUGGAGAUUGUGGAGGAUAUGAAGACGCACUUUUCCAAUUUGGAUCGCUUCAAACAGUUGGUCAAAAUGUUAACAAUCAUCUUCUCACUGGGCCAGCCCAUGCCCGUGAAUCAUCAGGAUUAUUUGGGCGUGCACUUUGCCAGCUUUCUGCUGGAAAUUGUGGAAGGAAACAAUCCGGAACAGCUCGUGGACAUGGUAAUCGCCCUGAUAUUGGCCUUCAAUCAACAGUUUGGCGAUCAUACGGUGAAUGUGAUCAUUGAAGCCAUGCAGAAUCUGCCCACAGCCAAAGUGUUCACCGAGAAGCUGUUGCUGUUGCUCAAUCGAGAGGAUGAUCCAACGCGCCUGCUGAAGCAUCACAAUGAGCAUAUGAAUACGGUGCUGCGCAUGUUUAUUGACAUAUUCAGCCAUACGGAUACGGCCGGUAUGUUCUAUACGAACGACAUUAAGGUGCUAAUCGAUAUUGUGGUGCGUCAGCUGUCCGAUUUGGACGCGGGCAGUGCGACACGCCCAUGCUAUUUGGAGCUGUGCCGUCGCAUCCUGCGCAACACAAACUAUCAGGACCAUCAGCAUCGCAAGCAUGAUCUAAUGAAGAUAUUUACGCGCAUCUUUUGCGAAGAGACCGAAUGCAGCGCAUCCGAUCAGCAGCUGGUGCGCGAGAUAGCCAACGAAUUUCCCCAAUUAUUUAAGGCAUAAAUGCAAAGAAACGAAACGGAGAAACCAUAGAAAGAAGAAGAAAAGAAAACACUCCUAUUAAAACAAAAUUAAAUUAUGUAAAGCGUUGCUAGUGAGGCUACUAAAUAGGCCAACAACAUUUUAAAUAUGAAAUUGUAUAGUUUAGAAAACUGAUCAAGUUCUUUAUCAUUCAAAAACUUUAGCAACUGGAACAUACUUAUUUAUAAUCUCAAUUAUAUAAAAUUCAUUUAUUAAGCUAAGUUUCGGUCUAACGGCAUUUUCGUAGUUCAUCUUAAGAGGCAGCCAACUAGUUGCAUUUAAAUAUGAAAAUAUUUUGUGCUUGUGUACGUAACCAUUAUAGAGUUAUAGACGCUCUAAUAUAUCACGAUUAUGAUCAUGAUUCUGAUUGUCAUAUUAUAAUUCGAUUAGAAACGGAGAAUGUGUGUAUGUUUAAGUAAAAUGAAGCCAAAGCUAACACAUUACCAUAAUGCUGUUUGAAUGAUAAUUAUAUGAAAACCACUUCGACUAUUAUUCUGAUUCUAA